AUGGUGUUUGAGAGUGUGGUCGCCGAUUUGCUCAAUCGGUUCCUGGGCGACUUCGUUGAUAAUUUGGAUGCUUCUCAACUGAACAUAGGAAUAUGGGGAGGUGAUGUGAAACUGGAAAAUCUUGAGAUCAAGGAAACAGCAUUAGACGAUCUCGAUUUACCAGUGAAACUCAAGUUUGGCUAUCUCUCGAAUUUGGUGCUUAAAAUACCAUGGAAGAGUCUGUACACAGAGCCAGUUAUCGCAACUAUUGAAGGGCUCCAUUUGAUAGUUGUGCCGAAUAAAGGUGUGGUUUACAACGAAGAAAAAGCUCGAAAGAACGAACAAGACAUCAAACAGAAAGCUUUGCUACGCCUUGAAGAGAAUCGGCACAAUCGUAGAAAGCCUCCAGAUCCAACAGCUGACUCAUUCACAGAGAAAUUAGUUGCACAAGUAAUUAAGAAUUUACAAAUAUCAAUUCGAAGCAUUCAUAUUCGUUACGAAGAUAAAUUCACAAAUCGACAUCGACCGUUCGUUGCCGGCGCUACGCUCGAAGGACUUGAAUUUAAAACGACAGAUGCUAACUGGAUAGAAACAAUUCACAAAGAGGCUGUACAGAUCGUGUAUAAACUGAUAUCGUUGAACAGUCUUGCCGUUUAUUGGAAUCCAGAUUCGAAACUUAUUUCCGAUCUGACUGAUCGCGCUGAGAUCAAACGUCAGAUGCAGGAUGGUAUCGCUAGUGGAGGCAAGAAACCGGACGAUUACAAGUACAUACUAGAACCUAUAACAAUGCAAACGAAGUUAUCCAUGAAUCAAAAACCAGAAACAGAUGGUACCGAUUGGAAAACGCCGAAAAUAGAUUUGCAGUUGAAUAUGGAUACACUCGGAGUGUGUAUUGGUAAAUUCCAAUAUCAGGAUUUGCUGUUGUUUCUUGAAGCACAAGAACGCUUCAACAUAGCGACUAAAUAUCUCAAGUAUCGACCGCCAAUAAACGAAUAUCAUGGUCAUGCAAAGAAAUGGUGGCAUUUUGCGUAUCAAUCAAUAUUGGAGGAGAAUAUAAGACGUAAAAGAAAUAACUGGUCAUGGGAACGAAUGAAGGCACAUAGACAGUUGCUGAAAAAUUAUAAAGAGGCCUGGUUGAGGAAACAAACCGAAAAGAGUCUUAGUAAAGAGGAUACGAAUCUGAUAGAGGAAGCUGAAAAGAAGCUUGACUUGUUCAAUCUGAAUAUUGCAAGGCAGCAAGCUGAUAUGGAAAUCGAUAGACGUGGUUUAACGCGUUUAGAAGAUCAACCUCAGGGAUGGGUCAGUUGGGCGAAAAGUUGGUGGGGUGGCGGUGAGCCGACGAAGGAACAAGAAACGAAGCCAACUGCCGGCGAUAUCGUUUCGCAGUUCGAACAAGCGAUGACUCCCGAAGAAAAAGCAAAACUUUUCGAAGCAAUUGAUUAUCAGGAGAACACUCCUCCGACGGAUUAUCCGAAGCGUUUCGUUGAAAAUGUGAUCACAGUUGAACUGAAGUCUUUGAUGGUCGUCAUCGAAAACGCACUCAGUUUGAAGUUUUCAUUGCUCACUGCAAAAGUUCAACAGCGUCCUUCAGCAAGAGCGAUCAACAUUGAGAGCGGCAUAAAGUCAGUGGAGAUGGAUGGUUGUGGUCAAGCGAUGUUAUCAAUGGUGGAUCAGUCAUCGCAGUGGUUAAGUAUUUUGAUCGAUACGAACCCGUUGGAUCGUGAUGAGGUCAAUUACGAUCAGUUAGUCAAGCUCAGUAUCGCUCCCACUUUGCUAAAGUAUCAUGCACCUGCCGUCAACGCUGCCAUUGAUGCACUCCGACCUCCGGAAAGUGUUCGCUUGAAUCAGUUAACAACAGCAGCGAUGACUCGCUACGAGGAGGUGAAGACGCGUUCAGUGACGGGCUUGGCACAUGCAGUAGAAACGAAGACGAAGUUGGUGUUGGAUAUUCAGAUAGCACCUGCAACGAUUGUCAUUUGUCAAGGCGGCGUUUUCGCUGAGGAGAAACCUGCGUUGGUCACUGAUCUGGGCAUACUCACUAUUACGACUAUUGAAGACGCAUCGACUCAACAAAUGGAUCGUAUGCAAGAACUGAUGAGCCAGGCCUACGAUAAAUUUGCCGUCAAAUUAACGAAUGUACAACUGAUUCUGGCAGAUAACUUCCGUGCGGCAAUGUCAGCUCGUCAAGAUCCGAAAUCAAACCUUCACGUUCUACGACCAACUGGUAUGGAAAUCGAUAUACACAAAUCCUCAAUCGAUGAUUUACAGUUACCCAAGAUGCGAGUGUUCGGUAAUCUGCCGGAUAUUGUUCUGUCGUUGUCAGAUGAGCGUUUGUUGCAGCUGUUAACGCUUGCGUUCAGUAUCCCAACCCCUCCACCCGAAUCCGAAAUUGAAGGAUUAUCUGAUUUGACUUCACAAGCUGAUUUCGAACGUGCAAAGUUGCGUGAUCGUGCGAAGAUGCGUGCCAUGAUGGAGGUGGAUGAAGAAAUAGGCGAGACUAGCCCUGAAGAUGAGAAGAAAAUGAAAAGCAAGAAGAAUGAGCAAGUGGAGUCGUCGACAGUGUCUGAAUCGACUAUAGACAAAGAGAAGCAUGAACAACAAGUGCAGCUCGAGCUGGAGUUACAUCUGAAUCAAGUGGGCGUGGUGAUUGGAACUCGAGAUGCUGUGCUGUUAUCCAUACAAGUGCGGCGCAUGGGUUGCAAGUUGCAAAUGCGCACAUUCGAUAUGCUAGUAACAGCAACGCUUGGUGAUCUGACCAUUGAACAACCACAAUUCAAGAGUAUUGUGCCUGGUCGUGAUACUCUUUUCCUUAUUGAUAACACACAUAAACAGGACGAAAAUCUAUUAAUUCUUAGUUUUGUGCAGGCGAAUCCUGAGAGUCCAUUCUUUGCAUCGGAAUACGAAUCAACUGAACAAUCGAUAUCAAUCACAUUCAAAACUUUAAGCAUUUCACUGCACCAGGAAGCAUUAAUAGGACUGAAAGCGUUCGGUGAAUCAUUACAACAUAAUGUCGAAGAGAUUCAGAAGAAAGCAGGCAAAGAGGAGGCAAGUGACCAGCAAAAAGAAAUUCAAAAACGUGUAAUAACACCCAGCGGCUCACAACCGCAAGCCACAACUCAAGCGACCGAUCACACCUUGAAAGAUGUUCGUCGUAAACGACAGUUGGAAGAAGCCGAAGCUCAAGGUGAUCGCACUAUAAAGAUGCGAUUGAAUGCGUCUUUUGAAGCAUUGUCGCUCUUAAUCGGAUCCAACAAAAGUCUUGAUACGGCGUUCAGUAUCACUGAUAUCAGGACAUCACUUGUAAUGAAAGUUAAGACGAUGACUCUAGAUGCGGGCUUGCGUGCCAUAACAAUGGAGGAUCGUACCAACAGCACCUCGCACAAACACUUGUUGGCGGUUUGCGGUGACAAGGAGAUGUUCACUCUGGAAUUCAUUCAGUUCAAUCGAACUGAUGAAGAGAAGAAGCGAAUGACUGCUUCGGAUCUUGAUAUGGCAGUGAAAUGUCGAUUCGCUCAGAUGCGAUUCAUCUUUCUUAACAUUUGGCUUAUCAGACUUAUGAAAUGGGUAGAGCCGUUCCAAGCGGAAGCAGUUCGUGCGGCAGCACAAGCACAGGCGAUCGCUGCCGAAAAAGCGACCGAAGCAGCUCAGAAAGCAGCGCAGAUAAUGGAGCUGUCACCGCCGAGAAUCCAACUUGAUGUCGAGUUAGCUGCUCCGACGAUUGUCAUCCCUCAGAAGUCAGAUUCGUUCGAUGCACUUGUGGUUGAUUUAGGCAUGUUAUUUGUUUCUUCAUUCUCCUCUUUUUGGGCAUCUCACAGAUUUGGUCGUUUGACGGAGAAAGUGGCUGAGAAUACAGUGACGGCGAAAUGUGAAAUUUUGGAACCGUUGUCAUUUUCGUUGUCGAUAUCUCGCAAUCUGUGCUUUUCAUGGUACAAAAAUAAGCCCGAACUGCUUGUAGAUGCUCAGUUGCCGAAAAUAAGUUUGAAAAUGUCUCAAGAAGAUUACGCAACAGUAAUGAAAACGUUGAGUGGUAAUUUGGCAGAAGGUGCAGAUGAGAAAGAAACGAUACAAGCAUCAAGCCAAAGUCAACAACCUGCGGCAGUGGUGCAGAGCAAGUCUAAAGAGAAGGAUGGUGACAAUCAAAGGAAACAAUCGAAAGCAAUUAGUUCGGCAACUCCUCCUUCACAAAAGUCUGCGAAACGUAUCGUGUUUCGAUUCAAGAUGGAUGAAAUCGCUGCUUCACUCUAUUCUGGAUCGUCUUAUUUGGAAGAGAAUGCUGGCGUGGUGGCUCGUGAGGAUGACGCAGCGUUUGCGGGAAUGCACAUUAUGCUACUUGAAGUGAAUGGUUCAAUAAUGGAAGAUGGCUCUAUGGAUGUCACACUCAGUUUGGGUACAUUCAUUAUGGACGAUCAAAGAAAAGCAGCCGUUGGUAUCACUCGACUGCUCGAUAAGAAGGCAGGCAUUCAUGCGCAGUUCCCAACUGAUCAGAGAGUGUUUAAGGUCGAUAGAACAGGAAAGAAACAAGAUGAAUUUGUUCAUGUGCAUUUCAUGCAGAGUGCAAAGAAUGAUAAAGUUGUGAACUUUUCAUCAUCAGCAUUUUUCCUCUGUUUAUGUCCCGAGUUUUUGGGUGCACUUGCAAGUUUCUUCACUUUGCCGAAAUCAGUCGAAGAUGAUGCACCAUUCCCUAAAGAAAUAACCACGAAAGCAAGUGAAACAAGUACUCCAGCACCCACAAAGGGAACUACGCCCGUUACACAACCAUCUUCUGGUACAUUAACGAUGGACUGCAAAAUGCGUGAAGUUGAAAUCAUAUUAGUGGAAGACUCAAACAAACCUCAACAAACGCAAGCACUUAUUCUAUCGUUCAGUUGUGAUUUGAACGCGAAACACGAAAAUGAUGUACAACAUAUGAGUGGUGGUGUGAGAAAUCUUCAGAUGUUGAGUGCCUAUUAUGCUGUCGAAAAACGAAAUCGAUCACCAUAUCAAGUGUUGAAUAGAGUCGAUUUCGGUUUCAAAGGAACAAUCGACGAUGCAACAAAAUCGCAGAUUUUUGAUAUCGAUAUCGGUGAAAUGCACCUCAAGGUUUCGCCUUGCAUUAUUCGUCUGCUAAGUGCAGUCAGUGCCAGCUUUUCGGCCGCCAACCAACCAAAGAGUGAUGCCGAGAUGAAACGCCGUCCAGUGUUGAAAAAGUAUCCAAAUUAUUGGGAUAAGAAAAAAGUGGAUCGUAGUAAACACUGGUGGUUCAAUGUGGCAAAUGAUGGCGAGGAAGAUAUGGAAGCUGGUAUUGAUGUUGUUGCUGAACUGAGUCAUCAAGAACAGGCAACGGUCAGUAUGAAGUCGCUGUUGAUCACACUCGAGGCAGGUCUUGGUGAAGUGACCACACCAAUGAUCCUUGUUGAAAGCUGCCUGCACGCAGUUGCAUCUAACUGGAGUGCUCUACUGAGUGUCGAUGCUACUGUUCAUCUGCAGGUUUCAUAUUACAACGAAAAAUUCUCAGUUUGGGAACCCGUAAUUGAACCGGUUGAAGUGGAAGAAGGAGAAUGGCGCAGUUGGAAGAUUGAUAUGGAGAUGCGAACGCAUGGUGAUGAUGAAGUGCUCGGUGAGGGUGCAAUUGCACCGCCGAAACAGUCAAUCGAGAUGCGUGCAAGUGAUAUGCUGAAUGUGACAGUCACUAAAUCAUUUCUUCAAUUACUCAAUCAACUGUCUGAUUCAUUCGAGAAAGCAGCUCGACAAAUCACGCCGCCAAAACAGAUCUCAUUACCUGGAACCAGUCCAUAUCUUAUCCUUAAUAAUACUGGAGUCGCGGUGAAAGUAGCGAGUUCACUUACUCUUGAGUUGGGUGGUGAGAACGGUUUAACGGAUGCAACAGCUGGUAGUUUUGUUGAUUUGAUGGUGCCAGAAGCAGAGAAGGAAAUGAUCGGCUUGAACCGAAAUGUAGAAAGGGCUGGUCGAGCGGAUUUGCGAGUCGUCUUUACGGAGAUGCAAACCGAGAGGGAAGUGAAUGUGAUGCGUGCUGAAAUAAGAACAUUCGCUCUACCGAGACAGUGUGACGACGGUCAGCAAUGGGAAGUGGUCAUCGAGACGAGAGUGGAGGAUUCGAGGCGUUUGAUCAUAUUGCGUUCUGGUGUUCAGUUCUUGAACCACAUGACCGAACCAUUCGAAGUGCAUUCUCUGCGCGAUGGUAUGCUCGAUUUGUGUGGUGUGGUUGAACCUGGCAUUGACCCACUCGAUAUUGCCUUACCACUUCUGUACAAUUCGAAUGGUGAAUUCUAUGUAAAGCCAGCUAAUGAUAGAUAUGAAAUGAGCAACGAAUCGAUCGUUUGGAGUGAGUUUAAAGACAAAGCUCGAUAUAUGGUGAGGUGUGAUGAAGAGGGUACUAAGCAGUGCUUGUAUGCUGCACUGGUUGUCGAAGAGGUGCCUGUCAAGGCGGAGAGUCGUGGUGAUUUAUCGAAACGCAUCUUCGUUGUUCACAUCUACCCGACCGUCACUCUACAAAACCUGUUACCAUUCAAUCUUCGAGUUCUUUCAUCGGUUGAACAAGACUUAGCUGGUGGUGACGAAGUCGCACUCAAUGUGGUACCUGGAAAUAGUAUCAAAUUUGAGGUGAAAUAUCGUGAUGAAGUGUAUACGACUGAUUUGCUGUUCCCAGCAGACCCACCGGAUCUGGCUGUUGUCACACUGCGUUCAAACGACAAAGAACUGAAUCUUGGUAUUCACUGGAGCACCGAGCAACGUCGUUUAAUUGCUCAAAUUUAUGCUCCUUAUUGGUUCGUAAACAAUACCGGCAAAACUCUCAAAUAUAUUGAGAGCAGUUCGAACGCAUUAGCUAGAUCGGCUUCAUGUGUAUCGUGUCGCAAGAAUAGUCUUUCUGCUAAGAUUCAAUACUUCGGUAACCCAAAUUUUCAGUCAGACGUAACCGUUAUACAGGAUUCGUUCAGUGAGCCUGCGUUGUUACCGUUCUCGUCGAAUGAUUUCCUGAAUAAGAAGAAGGCUAAGGUACAAAUCGAAGGCGCACUGUGGUCCGAUGAAUUUCCGCUGGAUGCUGUUGGUAAUGCAGGACGCAUUCUAUGUAAGGGUGAUAACCGAGAUUUUGAGAUGACAUUAGAUGUCUAUUUAUGCCAAUCAGGUCUUACUAAAGUGGUCAGUUUCUCACCAUUCUACCUCAUCAAUAAUAUCAGUCAGUUCACAAUUGAAGCCAAAGAAUUCGGUUACGAUGAGUGGCUUAAAGUGGAACCUGAAAAGUGCAUUGGAAUGUGGCCACGACAAACCAGAAAUCGCAAGUUUUUAAUGGUUAGAUACGCAGGAACUGAGGACGAAUCAAUAUUAUUCCCGUUCACGGAGAAUUUCGAAGGAUUUUGUCAAAUCAAUAAUGAACACUUGGGAGUGUAUGUAACAUGCACGUUAGGUGAAUCAUCCUCAGUGAUUCGUGUUGAACCGUUCGAACCUGGAAUGGCACCUGCCCUCAUUAUGAACGCUUCACCACGACCCAUCGAAUUCUCACAAAAAGGCGCUCGUUCGAUGGAACGUUUGGAAGCAUGGGAGUCGUGUAUGUUCACAUGGAGUGAUGUGAUAAAGGAUCGUGAACUGGAGUGGAAAUGCGAUGCCGCGUCACAUCAAGAUGGGCUUUUCAUGAACGCUUUUGACACCUAUAAGCCGUCAGCGAAUGUCGAGUACUAUUGGGUUUCCUUCUUGAAUGGACGACAACGAGUGGUGUUAUUCACUGAUGAUUUUGCUGUGAUGACAAUGGCGCAUCAAGCUUACGAGGUGGAACGCAUCAACCAACAAAUUGAAUUCUCAUUACAGGGUAUCGGAAUAUCACUGGUCAAUAAUUUGAAGGCUGAAGAGAUCUUAUAUAUGGGUAUAGCAUCAUCAGAUAUUGUUUGGGAAUAUAAAUAUAAAUCCAGAUACAAAUUGUUCACGGUAAAAAUGCUGAAUGCCCUCGAGAGUGCGUAUCAGCAGUGGCAAGAAACCGAAAGCGAGGGAACGACCGUCGUCGAUGGUUUAGAGGUGGAUUUCAGCCGUAUGAAAUGGAAGAAGAAGAAAGGAGAAGUUGCUAUCCGGCGACAGUUCCAAACAGGUCUGUGGAUGCAGUAUCGGCAGAGUCAACAUCAGACUCAAAUGCAUCUCAAGUUGAACCAUCUUCAAGUGGACAAUCAACUCAGUGCGUGUGUAUUCCCGUGUGUGCUUGCUGUUGUACCACCACCCAAAUCGGUGCUCGCAGACAAUAUCGCAAAGCCAUUCACCGAGUUCAGUUUCACCAUGUCUCAAUCAGAGCACAGCCGAGUUGUCCAGAUCAAGUAUCUGCAUCUGCUCGUGCAAGAGUUCGCAGUGCAGGUUGAUCAGGGCUUAUUGAAUGCUCUCUUAACGCUGUUCACCAACGAAGCCGAUCUCAAGCCAUACACCAAUGACUCAUUCAAAAAAGAUUUCGAAUUAACGCAAAAUCUACUGUCACAAAUGGCCCUCACCGCAACAGCCGUGCAACAAAAGGCUUUUUAUAACGAUCUUCAUAUAUCGCCUCUUAUGGCAUUGACAGUUGAAUGUGAUGUUGACGGCUCGAAUGUAGGGUUUUACAAGUUGACGGGAGGAUUAUUUAUUCUUGCUAAGAGAAUCUUGAUAGCUAUCUUGUGUUUUCGUUUUUACAAAAAGUUCGUAAAAAUUAAGAAUAAAGUUGAAUGCCAUUCGGCAACAAAUGAUGUUUGCAAUGAAAAUAAUUGCUUUCUACUUCAGAUUCACUUGUCGUUCUCACAAGGGGGUUCAUCAGGCGCAAAAGACAAAGAUGCCAAAGAGGCGGCGUUACCAAUUCAGUCUGAGUUCAUAAAUGUUCUUCUAAAGAGCGUUGGUGUAACGCUCACCGAAUUGCAAGAUGUCGUUUUUAAAUUGGCAUUCUUCGAACGCAAAUUCGUCUUCUACAAUCGUCAGCAACUGCAAACCGAGGUUGUUUCGCACUAUAUGAAACAGGCUAUCAAACAGUUGUAUGUGCUCGUGCUUGGUCUUGACAUUAUUGGCAAUCCGUUUGGUUUGGUUCGUGAUCUUAGCACCGGUGUCGAGGAUUUAUUCUAUCAGCCAUUCCAAGGUGCUAUACAAGGUCCGCAAGAGUUUGCGGAAGGUGUAGCGAUCGGAUUGACGAGUUUAUUCGGAGCUACGGUUGGAGGUGCUUCGGGAGCCGUGUCAAGAAUUACAGGAACAAUUGGCAAAGGUGUGGCAGCGUUGACGUUGGAUGACGAAUAUCAACGUAAACGUCAACAAGCGAUCAAUCGACGACCUCAAAAUUUCAGUGAGGGUAUGGCACGUGGUACUAAGGGUAUUGGUCAAGGCUUUUAUGAGGGUAUAACGGGUGUGGUAUCAAAACCAAUUGAAGGUGCCCGCACCGGUGGAGUUGGAGGAUUUGCAAAAGGUCUUGGAGUGGGUCUUGUUGGCGCAGUUGUGAGACCUGUUUCUGGAGUGGUCGAUUUCGCUAGCAGUUCUUUGGAUGCUGUUAAAACGGUUACAAGUGGUUCUGAAGAGACAAAACCAUUGAGACCACCUCGUGUCAUCCUUGCUGACAAUGUUGUACGUCCGUAUUCACAGAAACUCGCUCUUGGAGCUAAAAUUUUCAAGGAUGUUGAACACGGUGCAAUUGCAGAUACAGAUCAUUUUGUUGCCCAUGCUCCAAUCACAGACAAAUGCGUCUUCAUUGUUACGCAAGAACGUGUAAUGCUAGUUAAAAGAAGUGAUCUUGUUGGUUCAUGGGGUGUGGAUUGGCAAAUUUUAUUUAUGGAGAUGAAACCACCUGAAGCGAUCGAGAAAGGGGUAAAACUGGAAUUGAAAAAGCGACAAAAAGGUUUCUUAGGAAUGGGCGCUUCAAAUGGAAAAGUUGUCGAAUUCCACAAUAAAGAUGUUGCAAAUGUAAAGUUUUGUUUCUUUUCAAAUGGCUCUGUAUUAAUCUUUUGUCCAAAUACCAUUCUCUUAGCACGUAACUUCACAUGGCAUAUUUUUUAA